AUGGCUGCUGCAUACUUUGCUGUCACGGCUGUGAAUAGUCCCCACCCAAUACACGAUGUGGAGGACGCGGCCCGUGAAUGUCCUGAUUAUGCUGCUGCGGCGACCCUUGAUCAACUUACUGACUCUGAGGACUACGUUGUGUUUGUCUGCUCAGCUCUUGGAGAGUUCAGUGAGAAGAAUACCAAUAAUCAUGUCAAGCUCAACAAAGACACUGACCCGACUUGCAACGUCACCCUUCAAUACACUUUGAGUAAAGAUGAUUAUGCCUGUUGGGACGUGAUGGAUACAGCAAUCUACGAUACCAUCAUUCAAAUGGCAGGCGGCCACGAACACGAGUCUGAUAUCGACUGGUGGGAUGAAGAAGGUCAUGUCUGGAUCAAGACGAAACCAGCAGUCGAUACUAUCCGAAUCCCCGGUAUUGUUCAUAAAUCUAGCACUUGCUUCAUGGGGCCUAAGAGGGCCAGGCCUAUUAUCCACCACACCAUCAUACCCUGCCAACAAGGGCAAGAGGGGCGGGAGGACGUCAAGGCUAUGGGAAUACAACAUGCCACGCUGUGGAAGUUUGUUCACCUGCUAAGGAAAAGAGUCUGCGGUUUCGACAAAUAUGAAACUGCGAAAAUUGAUGGUUACGACGACAUAAACGGCCAGUCUGUGAAGGACUGUAUGGAGAGAAAGGAAAUUCAUGAGCCAAUACAAGUCCAGUUGCAGGGUUUAAGCGCUAUUCACGAAUUUGACAUGGAUGUUAUGGAACAGCGGUUGGAAGGAAAGUAG